AUGACAGAUAUCGAGAAGACCGUCGCCCUCGACAAGACAGAGGUGGACGACCGCUCGUCGCCAUCGCCACCGUUCACGACCACCUCCACCAUUGCCGUCGACGAGUCGGCAGAGUCAGCAAAAUCCUCAGAGGGUCCCACAGAGCCCCCCGCAGCGCCGGCCUCCACCCUCCCCCCUCCUCCUGACGGCGGUGCCCACGCUUGGAUGACCGUCGCAGGCUCGUUCUUGGCCGUGUUUGUCCAGUUUGGUAUCGCCAACGCGUUCGGUGUCUUCCAAGGAUACUACGAGACGCAUUUCCUGGCAGAAUACAAGCCCCAGGACAUCAGUUGGAUCGGUGGUGUUCAGCAGUUCUUGCUGUUCUUCGGCGGUCUCUUUUCCGGCCGCGCAAUGGACGCGUAUGGCGGUCACGCAGUCUUCAUCCCGGGCUCCAUCUUGAUCGUCCUGUCGCUCAUGCUCACGUCCCUGUGCACAAAGUACUACCAGUUUAUGCUUGCACAGGGCGUGCUCUUUGGCUUGGGCUCCGCACUCGUCUUCUCGCCGGCCGUCUCCAUCCCCUCCCAGUGGUUCCUCAAGCGCCGCGCACUUGCCACGUCCAUUGCAGUUGCGGGAAGCGGCCUCGGCGGCACGCUCUGGCCCAUUGUCCUCAACCGCCUCUUCGCUGAGAUAGGCUUUGCCUGGACGCUUCGCACUGUCGGAUUCAUCGCGCUUGCCCUUCUCGCCGUUGCAAACGCGCUCAUCCGCACUCGUCUUCCUCGCCGCAAGCCCUCGCCGCUAAAGAACACGUUCGUGCCAUUCAAGGACCCACACUAUGCCCUGCUGGCCUGCGGUCUCAUGGCAUGCACAAUGGCCAUCUUCAACCCAUUCUUCUACAUUACCGUCAACGCUUCACGCCUGGGAGCGUCCACAUCACUCGCUUUCUACUGCGUUUCGUUCCUAAACGCCGGCUCCACAGUCGGCCGUCUGUUUGCCGGUGUGGCCGAUAGGUGGGGUCGCUUCAACGUGCUCGCUGGAGCCUCAGGCCUCGUAUCCAUCUUCCUCCUCGCGUUCUGGACGACGCUACACUCGGUCCCGGCCCUCAUUGCCUUCGCUGUGCUGUACGGCUUCCUCGUCGGCUUUAUCAUCUCGCUCAUCCCCCCUGCUAUUGCCAUGAUCUCAAAGCCGCAUGAGAUUGGCGCACGUGUCGGCCUCGUGUACACCUGUGGAUCUAUUUUCGUCCUCACUGGCCCCCCCAUCUCGGGUGCGUUCGUCACGGCGUACCCUGGUGACCGCGGAUGGCAAUACAUUGGUGUCUUCAGCGGUCUCGUCGCUGCCUUUGGAACCAUCUUGGUCACCCUUGCCAGGUUCAAGGUCAACCCCAAGGUGUUUGCCAUCGUUUAA